UCAUUUUUAAUAGAUAUGUGGUGAUGAUAAGAUUAGAACAUAAUUUUGUUAUGGUAUAUGGAAAAUACUGUUAUGUGAGCACUGGCGAACGUGCGAAAUAAAAUGAUUAAAAUAUUCAUGGUGAUUGCUGCGGUGCUGCGAUUUUCAGCGAUUGCGAUGCGAUACGAUGCGAUCCUCGUGGAAUACAGUCCAGUCAUUAGAGAUGAUGCACGUAUAACGAUGCACACAAAUAUUCAAAAUUACUUUAGCAUAGCAAAAAAUUACGCGAAUUACGAUCUGAUCGUUUUCCCCGAGUACGGAAUCACGUCGGUGCGAGUCAACAAAGGCAAUCACGAAGCGUACGCCGUGGAAAUAACGCAGAAUUUCUCUCGGAUGGGCGACGAUGAGGAUAAUUACAUUAGAAGAUUAUCGGAAAUCGCAUCCUCCAGAGGUUUCUAUCUUGUUGCGAAUUUGCUGGAGAAGGAUAAUGGAAAGUAUUAUAAUACCAACGUGGUUUUCGAUAGGAGAGGCGCACUCAUUUAUAAGUACCGAAAAAUCAACCUGAAUGAGGAAGAACGGACCUUCCUGACGGCCGGCGAAACCCUCGGCCAAUUUCACAUUUCCGACUUCAACACAAAGUUCGCUAUGUUCAUCGGUGAAGACAUCCUCGCCGGGUUUCCAGUCCUCGAGGCCAUCAAUCUAGGCAUAACGGACAUCAUCCACACGAACGCGAUGAAGUCUUCGAUGCCAUUUUUAGCACCGCUUGCUAUACAAGAGGGUUUCGCUCACAUCAACAAACUGAAUGUACUUGUGUCCUCUUACAAAGAAGUGACAACCUCCCGUGGGGGUUACGGAUUUCUAUUGAAGGCAGACAAUAAUAUUGCGAGUAGAACAAGUCUCAAUUCCUUAGAAGUAACCUCGCAACUGAUGACUCCGUCAAGCAACGUCGAUGAGUCAAGUUUUGAAGCAAGAAGUAAACUUUCUGCUUUUAGAAGUUCGUUCGAUUUGGAGAAGCACAGCGAAUUUUACAGUUUCAAAAUGACCGUUUCUGGCCGUGUCUGCUCAAAGGACAACAAAAUCUGCUGCACUUUCACCGUUCACGAUAAAAACGUUGACGACUAUGCAAUUGUCACAUAUUCCGACGGAAACAACUAUGGAUGUGCGCUGGUCGCAUGCGAUAAAGGUGGACAAAAUUGUGGCAGAUCCACGACAGAGAACUGUGCGGAUUUCAGUUCAAUUGAGAUAACGUCGGAAAUAGCCAACAGUUCUUACAUUGUGCCCAUUGCGUUCGACGGUAAUCUGAAGAGCUUCCAUAAUUAUGAAUUUAAAAGAGAAAGCGAUGGUUUAACUAUAUUAAAUGGAAAAAAGGUGAAAAACCUUUCAACGUUCGGGAUUUUCGGAAACGGCGCAAACGGAAUAUCCUCAAAUAGAAUCCAACUAUCGCUUUCAUUUUUACUAAUAAAAAUUGUACUUUGUACGUGGAUUUAGUUGGAAAACGAACAAAUGAUCGUAAUUUAAUAUUUAUUAUGAAAAACAUUCACAGAUUUCAAAUAUAAACUAUUUUGAACAUUGAUUAUUUUCAAAAUUAAUUAUAUAGAAUUCAAUGUUGACAUUUCUUCAGCACCAAAUAUUUUUGACAAACUUAAGUGGUAAAACUCAUUAUUUUAAUUAACUAAAUUUCAAAUUACUUACAAUGUGAUAACAACUUGGUUUGAAUCAAAUUACCCUAAUUUUACAUAGAAUAUGUACUUAAAACUAAUGUUAAA